AGCUUGUGGUUACCAGGAAGCACCGGACGCUGGAGAAAUCCGUUUGAUCAACAGCUUCUUCGCCCGGAUUGUUUUAUCUCUGUAGAACCGGGACUCCGGUGCUGCUGUCUCCGCCCACAUAGCGCCGCUCACCGGUCAGUUAGCUUCUGUGGCUAACAGCAGGAAGCCCGGUUAGCGGGGAACCAACUGACCCGCCUUCCAGGUUCGGGAUGAGCAGCGCGGUGCUGCAGGUCGGUACCGGGGUGUUUGUGAUCGGGAUCGUUUGGGUCGUAGCUCUGCUGUUAUCGCUGGUCCUGCUGAGAGCCGCUGGGUCCGCUCGGUUAGGAGUCGUCCUUGUUGUCCUCCUGGCGCUCGCCGUCACCUUGGUGCUGGUCUUCUUCCCUCGGAGCCCAGAGAUCCCACCUCCCUUCAUAGAGACGGAGGUCGUGGACUCUUUGUUCAUCGGCCGCUACGUUCUCCUGGCGGUGGUGAGCGUAGUGUUUCUGGCGGCGUUCUUCAUGCUCCUGCCCUUUCACCUCCUGGAGCCGGUGCAGGCUAAGGCUUUAAGGACACACUAGCAUCAUGGCUGUCCCUAACCUUUACCCAGCAGUGUCACAAGCUCCAGUAUACAGAGACUGUGGGAACUGGGCUGAUUGGGGGAAAGAAAAGCCCCCUCCUGUAAAGAACCGACCAGACACUGGGCUGAAAGAAACCAGGAGAGUGACCAGUUUGUUAGAGAAAUGUUAACCAUCUGUAAACAAUCCAAACUGUUUUGGAUUAAAGUUAAACGCUGGAACCACAAUAUAAACUCUGAGUUUUAAUGUAAAGUCUGGUUUUAUUGGGUUUCUUAUUCUGACAGAAUGUGAGAGGCUCUGUUUCCAGCUCUAGUUUAGUUUUGGAUUUCUGUGGGUAGAGUUCUGAGGCCAGUACCAUGAAGCAAACUCAACCUAGUGGGAUUAUUCCCAGUCCAUCCAGUUUAACCAGUCCACAACGACGGGAAACAGGAUCAGCGCUAGCACCAAGCUGGUUAUCUACUUGUUAACUUAAUCCAUCUUCAAUAAUCAUGAAUCUAUGGAUGUAUUAAGGGGCGGGUUCAAGGUAGCGGACCAAUCACAGUCAUGAGCACAGAAAGGAGAGCAAAGCCUUUCUCCUGAGGAACAACAACUCAUCUUACUGAAAUAUGAAGAGGAAAAAAAGUCGCAAUGAAAAGUCAAACAUGGUGUCGGCAGGAAAGAGAUGCUGAAUAAAAGGUUUGCUGACUGAGUUAAUGAGCAAGUUCCUGCAUCAAUAAAACAUGGAAACAUUAUCUGGUUAGCUGAACUUUCUAACUCCAUCAUGUUUGCGCUCCAAUAAAGAUGG